UCCGUCGCACACCGAGAAAAGGGGCUGCGUGUGUGUAAAACGUUACUCACCGUCGCAGUGGGUGUGACGCUCUCUUUGCUCGCUUUUGCUCAUUCGAUCGCCGGUUGUCGAAGUGUUUAGAAGUGGUGAACCGAGACAAGCAACUAAAUCAACAUGUCGCAGCAGUACUAUCCUUUCAAGUGCACCCCGACGGUGUAUCCUGCGGAGCCAUUCGAUGCCAAUGCGGAUGCUGCAAUCCUGCGCAAAGCGAUGAAGGGAUUUGGCACUGAUGAAAAAGCCAUCAUCGACGUCCUCACCAGACGAGGAAUAGUUCAACGUCUGGAAAUCGCAGAAGCCUAUAAAACCCUCUAUGGCAAGGAUCUCGUAAACGACCUGAAAAGCGAACUCACCGGCAAACUCGAAGAUGUUAUCAUUGCUCUCAUGACUCCUUUGCCUCACUAUUACGCCAAAGAAUUGCACGACGCUGUCUCUGGCCUUGGAACAGAUGAGGAGGCGAUCGUUGAGAUUCUCUGCACUCUGAGCAACUACGGAAUUCGAACGAUCGCUGCUUUUUACGAAAAUCUGUACGGGAAGUCUCUCGAGAGCGAUUUGAAGGGCGACACCUCCGGUCAUUUCAAAAGAUUACUCGUUUCUCUGUGCCAGGCUAAUCGUGACGAAAAUCAAGGCGUCGAUCAAGAGCAAGCAGCUUCCGAUGCCCAGAAUCUCUUCGAAGCAGGUGAAAAACAAUGGGGCACCGACGAAUCCCAGUUCAACGCGAUCCUCGUGACCCGGAGCUACCAACAACUCCGACAAACUUUCCUCGAGUACGAAAAAGUAUCCGGCCACGAUAUCGAAGUCGCGAUCAAGAAAGAAUUUUCCGGUAGCAUUGAGAAAGGCCUUCUCGGAAUUGUUAAGUGCGUCAAGUCGAAAGUUGGCUUCUUCGCUGAGAGACUCUACGCGAGUAUGCACGGAAUUGGAACGAAAGACCGUACUCUCAUUCGCAUAAUCGUAUCGCGAAGCGAAAUUGACCUUGGCGAUAUCAAGAAGGCCUUUGAAGAGCGCUAUGGAAAGUCACUCGAAAGCUGGAUCGCUGGCGAUACUUCCGGUGACUACAAAAAAGCUCUUCUCUCUCUCGUCUCCACAUAAAUUGGUAUGGAAAAAAGUAAACAAAGCCUGAUUAUUGUGUUGGAAUUUCGUCGGAAAGCUUGUCGCCACGCCAGUGUGUUCCAGUGAAUCGCAUCGUACUUUUAACCAGCUCAAGAAGCACAAAGCGGGCUUUACACCGUCCACAGAAUCAUGUUUCAGAUAAAUAAUGAAUUUUUCUUCGCGUAAUUUUCCUAAAAUUACUUCACUAUAGGAGCGAGAAGUUGAAGAAAUCUCGUCAAUUAAUUUUUGCAUGAGCCAAGAAUCUCAUGAAUUUUUCAGAUCUGAUUGAUUUUUUACCAAGUUUUUUCAAUCGUUUACAAAUUUACAUUUUAUCGAACGAACGAUCAAAGUGAAUCAUCGCAUUUACAAAUGGUCCAAACCCAACGAAGCACAAACUCUAUUACAAUCGUUACGAAAACUCGUUUUUUUAUUAUAGAAAUUUAACAAAAAUUUAAUAACUAUCGCCUAAAUCACGUUUUCGAUAAAAGCUAUUGCUUUUUUUUAUUAUACAUGAGAUAUAACUUGUUUUUUACACCAGCAGUCUUGUACAAUUGUAAAUCGCCUAUUAUAUAUUUUUUAAAUGUUUAUAUGCCAAAUGGGGAAAAAAACAACUGAGCUGUUAUAUUUUGCUAGUUAUUUUUCCAUACAGCAAGGCUCUAUAUUUACUGUUUAAACAUCGUGUGUAAAAGGAAUAAAAUCCAAUGAAAAAUA